GUUGUGCGGUCAUUAUCCUUUGGUUAGAGAUGGUGUGGAGUGCUUCUCACUCUUUAGGACUUGUAACUAGUUGGUGUCAGUCACACACUUUGCUAUAAAAUAUAAAAACAAAAUAAAAUAAAUACUAGAAAAAAAGCUGUUUCCUUUCUUUCCCCCGUAGACCCCAACACGUUUUUGCAGAAACUUGAUCUCUGGACUCUUGGUGAGGGAAUGGAUAGAAUAAGGGCGUGUUUGGUAGCGCUGGUCGUUCUCAGCCUGUGCGGCGUACCCCAGGUGAGAUCCAGUGCUUCUGAUCAUCGUUACAAAGCUGGAGCUGAAGUUCCUCUCUACGCCAAUAAAGUAGGUCCCUUCCACAAUCCCAGUGAGACGUACCGUUAUUUCGAUUUUCCUUUCUGUUCAUCAGCCCCCGUGAAGGAAAAGAAGGAAGCUCUCGGCGAAGUGUUGAAUGGAGAUCGAUUAGUGAGUGCCCCUUACAAACUUGACUUUUUGAGUGACAAAGAGGCUGAGAUUGCCUGCAAAAAGAAGCUGACAAAGGGUGAAGUCGCCAAGUUCAGAAGUGCAGUUUCAAAAGACUAUUACUUCCAAAUGUAUUACGACGACCUCCCCAUUUGGGGUUUCUUAGGGAAAGUUGAUAAGGAAGGGAAGGCCGAUCCCAGCGAGUACAAAUAUUAUCUCUUUAAGCAUCUCAUAUUCGAGAUCCUUUACAACAAGGAUCGUGUCAUUGAGAUUACUGUGCGAUCUGAUCCCAACGCCCUUGUGGACCUCACAGAAGAUGAACAAGUCAAUGUGGAUUUCAUGUUCACUGUUAAAUGGAAGGAAACUGAAACUCCGUUUGAGAAGAGGAUGGACAAGUACUCGCAAUCUUCUUCGUUGCCACACCACUUAGAAAUCCACUGGUUCUCAAUUAUCAAUUCAUGUGUCACCGUGUUGCUAUUGACUGGUUUCCUUGCUACCAUUCUUAUGCGAGUCCUUAAGAAUGAUUUUGUCAAGUAUGCACAUGACGAGGAAUCAGCAGAUGACCAGGAAGAGACUGGGUGGAAGUACAUUCAUGGUGAUGUGUUCAGGUACCCAAAGCACAAGUCUUUGUUUGCAGCGGCUCUUGGUUCUGGCACCCAGCUCUUUACUCUUACAAUUUUCAUUUUUAUCCUCGCUCUAGUUGGGGUCUUUUAUCCAUAUAAUCGUGGAGCUUUGUUCACUGCUCUGGUUGUCAUUUAUGCACUUACUUCUGGAAUUGCUGGCUACACUGCUGCCUCUUUCUAUUGUCAGCUAGAAGGAACAAAUUGGGUGAGAAACUUAUUACUGACUGGAGGCUUGUUUUGUGGACCUCUUUUUAUCACAUUUUGCUUUCUCAACACUGUUGCAAUUGCUUAUAAAGCCACUGCAGCAUUGCCAUUUGGUACUAUUGUAGUGAUUUUUCUCAUAUGGGCUCUGGUCACAUCUCCUCUAUUAGUAUUAGGAGGUAUUGCUGGGAAAAAUAGCAAGGCAGAGUUUCAAGCCCCUUGUCGCACCACAAAAUACCCCAGAGAGAUUCCACCGUUGCCUUGGUACCGCAAAACUCUUCCUCAGAUGGGGAUGGCAGGGUUCUUGCCAUUCAGUGCUAUCUAUAUUGAACUUUACUACAUAUUUGCCAGUGUGUGGGGACAUAGGAUCUACACCAUAUACAGCAUCCUGUUUAUUGUCUUUAUCAUUCUCUUGAUUGUCACGGCUUUUAUCACAGUUGCUUUGACUUAUUUUCAACUUGCUGCUGAAGACCAUGAGUGGUGGUGGAGGUCCUUCCUUUGUGGUGGGUCUACUGGGUUGUUCAUAUAUGCCUAUUGUUUGUAUUACUACAAUGCACGAUCAGACAUGUCAGGCUUCAUGCAAACCUCAUUCUUCUUUGGGUACAUGGCGUGCAUUUGUUAUGGUUUCUUCCUCAUGCUUGGGACCAUUGGCUUCCGUGCUUCUCUGUUCUUUGUUCGUCACAUUUACCAUUCUAUCAAGUGUGAGUAGGAAGAUGGAUGGUGUUCCCUGUUUACUAGAGAAAGAGCAGAUUGGGACAAUGUGCUUCAGCCCAUGUUUGCUGCCCAGAGAUAUUGCAAUGUUGUAUGAAGUAUGAAUCAUGUAGGGUCACCUUAUUUGAUUACGACAACCAGAUGCCAACAGAAACUUGUAUUUCUGAGUUGACUCAUUACACGACUCAACAAUUCCUUUUAUUUUUGUUUUUAAUUUUUAUAUUGGGGAGAAUCAUACUGAAUAUUAGGAUGCUUUAGGAAUAACUUGGUGUUGUUAUACAUGUAAACCCGAGUGACUUAUUGAUCUUCACCAUGUUA